AUGGCUCCGUCUGUCUGUCCGGUCCUGCUGCUCACUGUCCUGCUCAGCCUGGUGGUGACCCCCUACUUGCUACCGCGGCCCUGGAGUGCUGAGCAGGACGGGAAGAAGGUGACAACCCUACAGACCCUGUGGAAGGCCACCGAUGAGUUGCCCUAUUUCCACCCUCAGCCUGUCUCCAGGAGGACUUGGAAGGAGACUUUCGCCAAACCAGAGAUUGGAGAUCUGGGUGUGCUCCACAAGAACAUCCCCAAGGAGGAAGUGGUCCUGCCUUCAUAG